AUGUCUAGCAAAAGAAAAAGUCCUGUCGAUGGCUUGGCCCUGCCAUUGCCUCCAUCAAAGAGACAAAAAGUCACUGUUUUGAGUAAAUGUUACAUUUGCCAAAGAGACGUACCUGGUAAUCCCCUGAGCAAGGGCAAGAGUUCUUCCAUUGUUAACCUCCUUGAAUCAGCAAAAUGUCGUGGGGAUGAUGUCUAUGUGAGAUUAUGCAAAGAUGGAGUGGAGUCAGUGGAGGAUCUCGUUGAAGUAGUAUGGCACUCAGGAUGCUAUUCAUCGUACACUAGUAAAAGGACCAUCCAGUUUGCGUCUAGUAUAGACACGAAUGAUGCAGCUAGUGAGGAGGAAUGUGGAUUGGUCAAAGUGCUUUUUUUGCAAAAAGAAAACUUACAAGAAAGUGACAGAAUUGAUAAACAUUUCGACGUUCACAGCCUGCCAGACCAUCAAGAGGGCUGCUACUAUUCAAGGCGACGAAGCUAUGCUUCACCUUCUCCUUGGAGUUAACGAUGAUCUUAUCGCUGCUGAGGCGAAAUAUAACAAGAACUGUUAUUCGCUUUAUACUGCUAAGAAAGUCAGAGAUGACAAAGGUGAAAGCAGCAACGAAUUGCACCACGAGAACGCUUUCAAGCAGCUGGUGGAAGAACUAAGACCAGGACUGGAGCAGGGUCGGGCGUAUGACAUGGCGUCACUACUGAUUAAAUAUCGGGACUAUCUGUCAGAGAAAGGAGUGACAGGAGAUGGCUACACGUCACAGCGGUUGAAGGAUCGUCUGAAGAGUUCCUUUGCAGAAGAAAUAACUUUCCAUCAACAGCUAGGGAAGGCCAAGCCGGAGCUGAUUUACUCAUCGAAUGUCAAACUGCAAGACGUUAUCAAUGCAUGGGCUAUCGCACAAAGUAAUCAGGUAAAUUACAACAGUAUAAUACAAAUAUGGUUUUAUGUAAGCAUAGGUAAUAGCAUGUUAUUUGGGAUAAAUACCACGAGUGAUAUUUCAAAAUUGUUACACAAAUAUGGGACAAUUUUGAAAUAUCACCAGUAGUACUUAGUCUAAAUACCACGAACAACGUAUGCUAUUAUUCGUUUAUAAUAUGUUUCAAUAAAAGCAAUGAUUUUGAAAUACCACUAUUAAGGAUAGAUUCCACUCCUCUUAGCCAAUCAAAUUGCAGAAUUUUCUUGAAUCAUAUUAUAAAUAGCGUUAUCCCACUAAUCGGCCAGGGCUACAAUCUACCAAUAAUACAAAAUUGAAAGCCGUGAGCUUCAAUGUUUGUUAUUGUCGUUAACAUUUUAGGAAGACGACGGAAAUUGUAAGCAAAUUGCAAGUCUUGCAGGAGGUAUAAGGGCCGAGAUGAAAACAUGUUCUGGGAUAACAGCAAGACCACUGGAUGUGAAACAAGUUUCUCUAGAGGCUGCCCGACAGGUCGUGCCUGACAGCCUAUACUGGUUGAUUCGCUUUCUGGUAACCGGUGAAGCUGGCAAAACAAAUUGCCCCUCUCAGUGUUCGAACACCUCAAACGAGCGUCAAAUAUUAAGUAUUUGUCAGGACAUAAUCCACUGCUCAACCAAUGGCCGGGUGAAGACUCCAAAGCAUGCGGGAUUAGCCAUUACAGUCCAUCAUUUGACAUCUUCUCGACGUCUAAUAACACUGUUGAAUAAAAUGGGGCACUGCUCGUCCUACGACGAGAUGCAGGCUAUCGACACCGGUGCUGCGCUAGAGGGGCUUGCGAAGGCUAAUGAAUUUGGAAUGGUUAUCCCUUCUAACAUUUCUCCUGGUCCCUUUAUUCAAAUCGCCGCCGACAACAACGAUCUGAACAAGGAGAUGUUAGAUGGCAAAAAUACGACCCAUGCUACCACAAUGGUGGUAUAUCAGAGAAAGGCAUUUGGUCCUGAUCUGCCCCCAGCGCCACCGGUGGAUCACACCACCAAGCGAAGGUCUUUGCAGUCAACGUCCAGUAUUUAUGACAUACAGGAGUGCUAUGCUCACGGACGAAGGCCCGCGGUAUCUGCAUAUGUGAAUCAAGUAGAGAAUAAGUGGUUUGAAGAUGGAAAGGAGUGCUUUAUCGAUGCAAGUCGGAGUGAUGAAGUUUGGCGCUUGAUGCGACUUCAUCCAUCUAGUUUACAGCAAGCCUCAGAGCCCGGCGAUAAUCAACCCGUUCCAGGCUGGAGUGGCUUCAAUGCCAUUCUAUUCCCAGAGAUGGCUUACGAGAGCAACAUUGGAUACUGCCCAAUGAUAGACGGAAACUCAACCGAGUAUAGUACCAUAUACACAGUCCUGAAGCAUGCACAGAAGUUAACAUCUGCUCUGGGGUAA